AUGUCGACGGAGUUGGGGCUGAGCUGGGAAGAGAUCGCCAGGGUGAAACGGUGCAGCCCCUUUUCGACGGGGGUUUCAGCACAAUCCGGACCCACCGAAGAGCCGAAGAAGGUGAUGGCAUGGCAAGAUGCAUUUGGUGGUAUACUCCGUCCCCCAUACUCCAGCCCUGGAGAGAUUGAGGUUGCCCAGGGUGCCCACAGGUAA